AUGUGGGAAAUUGAUGCGGAACGAUCGAAAUAUGAACUGAGGACUCGCAGCUACCGAAAUGAUAAGAAACAGCUGGAGCGAGAGCUCGACAAAGCGGUGCAUCGCCUCAAAGAUAAUGCGGACAGGGACGAGCUGAUGGCUUACGAUAAUGAGAUUUCAUUAAACCAGCAAGACCAGUUAAUCGAAAAUACGGAGAGAUUGGAGAGAACAUCCAGGAGGCUUCAGGAUACCUACAGAAUGGUUAUCGAAACUGAGCAGAUUGGCGCAGAGGUGUUAGGUGAUUUAAAUUCUCAACGAGAAACAAUAACGCGGGCCCGUGAGCGUAUGCGACAAGCGGAUACAGAUUUGAAUCGAAGUCAUAAAGUGCUCUCAUUGAUGAUUCGCAGGUAA